CACCAUUAAAACCAAAAGGUAGCAGACAUGUUUCCUCAGCACCUCGGUCUUUUCCGGUUAUCCUGUAGCGUGUAUCAGGAUGAAACAAAUUGUAACAAAUCAAACUGUGAAAAUACCUGAGGGACUAACUGUUACUGUCAAGUCCCGUUUGGUUACUGUUAAGGGACCAAGGGGUAUUCUUAAACGUUCUUUCAAGCAUCUUGCACUUGAUAUUCGUAUGGUAAGUCCAAGAUUAUUAAAAGUUGAGAAAUGGUUUGGAACAAAAAAAGAAUUGGCAGCUGUUCGCACAGUUUGUUCCCAUAUUGAAAAUAUGUUAAAAGGAGUAACUAAAGGAUAUCAAUAUAAAAUGCGAGCAGUAUAUGCUCAUUUUCCUAUUAACUGUGUUAUAACUGAGAAUAAUACAGUUAUUGAAAUUCGUAAUUUUUUGGGUGAAAAAUAUAUCCGUCGUGUAAAAAUGGCACCAGGAGUAACUGUAACAAAUUCAGCUAAACAGAAAGAUGAAUUAAUAAUAGGGAAUUCUUUAGAAGAUGUUUCGCGAUCGGCUGCUCUUAUACAGCAAUCAACAACUGUAAAAAAUAAAGACAUUAGAAAAUUCUUGGAUGGUCUCUAUGUGUCUGAAAAAACAACAGUUGUACAAGAUGAUGAAUAAAUGUUAUUUACAAUGUGAA